AUGAGUCUCCUUCACCUCGACGGCCGGACUUUCCCCAAGAAUCCUCCUCCGUUGGACGGCCGGACUUUCCCCAAGAAUCCUCCUCCGUUCGAAGGCCGGACUUUCCCCAAGAAUCUUCCUCCAUUCGACGGCCGGACUUUCCCCAAGAAUCUUCCUCCGUUCAACGGCCGGACUUUCCCCAAGAAUCUUCCUCCAUUCGACGGCCGGAAUUUUCCCAAGAAUCUUCCUCAGUUCGUCGACCGGAAUUUUUCCAAGAAUCCUCUUCCGUUGGAGGGCCGGACUUUUCCCAAGAAUCUUCCUCCGUUCGACGGCCGGACUUUCCCCAAGAAUCUUCCUCCGUUCAACGGCCGGACUUUCCCCAAGAAUCUUCCUCCAUUCGACGGCCGGAAUUUUCCCAAGAAUCUUCCUCCGUUCGACGGCCGGACUUUCCCCAAGAAUCCUCCUCCGUUCAACGGCCGGACUUUCCCCAAGAAUCCUCCUCCAUUCGACGGCCGGAAUUUCCCCAAGAAUCCUCCUCCGUUGGACGGCCGGACUUUUCCCAAGAAUCUUCCUCCAUUCGACGGCCGGAAUUUCCCCAAGAAUCUUCCUCCAUUCGACGGCCGGAAUUUCCCCAAGAAUCUUCCUCCAUUCGACGGCCGGAAUUUUCCCAAGAAUCUUCCACCGUUCGACUACCAGACUGGUCCUAAGAAUCUUCCUCCGUUCGACUACCGGACUGGUCCCAAGAAUCUUCCUCCGUUCGACUACCAGACUGGUCUCAAGAAUCUUCCUCCGUUCAACGGUCGGACUGGUCUCAAGAAUCUUCCUCCGACUGAUGGCCAGAUUUAUCCUGAUUGA